AUGGUACCUCAGCCACCAUAUGUUGGGAAGAGAUUUGAUUCGUUUGAAGAUGCCAAGGAAUUCUACCAGAGAUAUGCAAUGUUCCAUGGGUUUGUGGUCAACACCGAAUACCAUAGGAAAAUUAAAAAAACUAACGAGUACAGCAGAGAUGGAGCACGGUGGGUGGUCACUGAAUAUUUGAACAAGCACAACCAUGAACUCAUAAAGAAGUUUGACCUGGUAAAAUUUCUGAGCGCCGACAGAGGAUUCAGUCCCCUCGUGAAGAAAUUCAUAAAGCUGCUACAUGAUUGUAACAUCGGUCCAUCAAGAAUGGUCCAGAUACUGUCCAUGAUCCACACCAAAAAUGGAACUCUGAGUAGCAUGCCCUACAUACCAGCAGACGUCACAAACCUAAAGGCAAAGUACCAUAGAGAGAGCAGGUUGGCUGACAUAGAAGACACGAUAGCCUACUUCGACAAGAAAGCAAAAGAAGAUCCUGAUUUUUUCUACAGGAUAAGAUUGGACGAUGAGGACUGUGUCGGGAACAUGUAUUGGGUGGAUGGUGCUGCAAGAAGAUCCUACAAACAUUUCCGAGAUUGCAUUUCAUUCGACGCGACAUAUCUCACUAAUAUGUACAAGAUGCCCUGUGCUCCAUUCAUAGGAAUAAAUAACCACAGUCAGUCAUUGGAGUUCGGUUGCGGGCUCGUUCGGAACAAAGAUACGGAUGGGUACACUUGGUUGUUCAAAAUAUUCUUGGAGUGCAUGGGUGGACUUGCUCCGAUGAACAUAAUAACAGACCAGGAUUUUAGCAUGCGUGCAGGCAUAGGGGAGGUCUCUCCGUUGGCAGUGCACAGGCACUGCAGGUGGCAUAUUAUUAAGAAGGCUGAGGAGACGCUAGGACCAUUCUUUGCUGACCAUUCAGAGCUGCAUAAGGCAUUCGAGUUGUGCGUGGACCACAGCUUGACGGUGGAGGAGUUUGAACAGAGCUGGACAGCUAUGAUUGAAACAUAUCAAGUCCAAGACAACGAGACGCUUACUAGCCUGUGUGAGAAGCGAAUGUACUGGUUGCCGUCCUACUUCAUGCAGUGCUUCUUCCAAUUUCUGCAGACUACGCAGCAUAGCGAGGGGUUCAAUGCUGUUCUGAAGCGGUACGUGAGCCCUGGCAACUCAUUGCUGUAG